GAUAAUCAUGAAAGUCAGCGAGUUGGAAAUUUGAUGGCCGAUUGUUUUUGUUAAAACUGUUCAUCCCUUAACAAGUUUUUGAGAAAGAAUAAAGAUGGGGGACGCUGAUGGAAUCGAGCGGGGCCCGGGUGCUACACCUGAGGACUUCGUCAAGGCAUUGGAAAAGAGAGAGAUGACACGGCUUCAGGUGCCCAAGGUUAACAUUUUUCACUUCAACGGGGAUAGAGUGUCCGAGUGGCUUGAGUUGUUGGAGCAGGUCACUAGCGAGGCGUCAGAAGAAGACAAAUUCAAGCUGAUGCCUAGGUAUGUAUGGUGGGAGCUUAGACCUGAGGUAAUGAAGGUAGCGGCCGACGCAAAUGGUGAGUGGGCAAAGUGUAAAGAGGAGAUGCAGAGACGUUUCAAGUUAGGUGACGGCCUGCUCACCAAAGAAGACCUGGAAAUGUUGAGACGGGACGAGUUCUCCACAGUGGGGGCAUUCGCCACGGCGUUUGAGAAAAUGACAAAGAAAGUCCCAGGGUUGGCAGAAGAGGAGCAGUGUGCCACUUUCCUAGGGCACUUCAAGAACUGGGAGGGCUUGUCGCUAACUAAGAAGGCUGCUCCAGGGAAGAAGCUCACUUGGGCGGCCAUAAAGGAAGGCGUAAUGGACGGAGAACUAGACCAGGUAGACAUCUUCCAGAUGAGGCAGGCUAGGAAGAAACGGAAGGCCUUAGACGCUACGACGAGUCAUGGGCGCGACUUCAAGAAAAUGGUGGAGGAUGCGGUGGCCCAACUCGAUUCAGCGAAGGAGGCAAGAAGAAAAACUAUGGCGGUACCACUGACCCAAGGUAAAGCAAAGAAAGCAGUGGUGCAGGAGGAAGAAGAAGAGGAAGAAGACGAGGAAGAAGAAGAGGAGACUGAGCCGCAGAAGCUGACAAAGGCUCAAAGACCACCAAUGAGCAUGGCUUCCUACGGCUGUCCGGGGCCCCAAGCUCAGCAAGUAAGUCAUCCAGACCCACCGCCAACCCUACCCCAGCAAUCAGCCCCACAAGGGUCGCAAGGCAAUCAAGGCGGUGGACGAGGACAAAAUCAAGGGUGGGGCCGAGGACGAGGGAAUGGUGUCCGGGGAGGAAACGGCAGAGGGAAUGGUGGUGGUAACGCUGCAGGCGGGGGAAGUGAGGGUUGGACAGCAUUUGGGAGUCAAGGUGGCCAGGAAGGUGGAAGAGGUGUUGGCAGGGGGAGAAUAGAUUGGAGGAACGCCAUUUGUUGGCAAUGCGGGCAGAAAGGUCACACGAUCAAGUUCUGCCAUGAAAGGAGGAAUGAUGAGGACGAAGGCCUAAUCAGCACCAACUAUGAUGGGGAUAUGUACGACAAGUGGGGGUACCACCUUGAUCCAAGGACCCCAGGCGGGACAAGGAAGGAGGCCCUACGGCGAGCCGAGGCAGGUGAACCACCCGCUCCUCCAGCCAUGUUUCGGAUGUGGCAGGAGAAAAAGGUCCACAGCGACAUUAGGGUGGAAGAGGUAGGAGAGAACGAGGAGGUAGAGCAAGGAAGGAAAGUUGGCACUAUCAAGAUAGAACCGAUCAUAAUGGAGUCCGACGAUGAGAUUGAGGAAGAUUGCUGGAACAGGCCGCUGCAUGCUGAGACAGGGGAAGAUUAUUGGAGAACGGCCCAAGAGACAAUGGAGAGAAUGGAGGACCUGAUAAACAAAGUCAGGAGAUACCAACAGAAGCUAGCUGAUAUGUGUGGAGAAGUCAAGGGGUGGCAAGGUAAGGAGCCAUCGGUAUACCUCUACGACUUAGGUCCGGGGUCGCAAGGAGGGUCCGGGAAUCUACCAAACGUCACGACCUCAGGAGCGACACCUCGAUCCGGAAUGACCUUUAGACCACCCUCCAGGACGGGGAGGGCGCCUCAUGCCGUUAGGACAAGGGCUAAAGGGCCAAUGAGUCCCGAAGAACCAGCCAAGGAUGUUCCCGAACCCAGUGGAGAGAAAGAGGUAGUGGACGUUCCAGAAGGAGAGGAUGACGAAGAUGACAGGUUGAGGAAGGAAGAGGAUGAGAGGGCCGAGCAAAGGGCCAAGAAGAGGGGUGCCAGACCUGAUACAGACAAGGCACAAGAAGUAAAGAAGAAGAAGUACGCUGUCCGAGUGGAAGAAGGCUUCGAUGUGGAAGAGAUAAUGGACAGAAUCCAAGAGGGUCAUAAUUACCUUAUGAACCUGAAGAACGUACUAGCCUCAGCGCCUAGACUUAGGGAUGAGUUAAGAGCAAGAUUAUCCAGGAAUAUGGUAGUCAGCAUACGAUUGGGGACUAUAAUCCCUAAGGAGGCGGAUCGGGCUGAAACGGGUACUAAGAUGGACUGGAAGUCUGUCGCCUGUGGCUGCCUCGACGUUGUGGUAAAAGGGAAGACAUGCACCGCAAUGGUGGGCAGUGGAGCGAAAAUGAACCUCAUAAAGGAGGAACAUGCCGUACGGCUGGGAAUGGAGAUAGACCGCUCCGACAACGGGGUUUUGAUGGGGGUCAAUAGCCGAUCGAUAUUCAUUGGGACCGCGUCGUCAGUAAUAUUGGAAAUUGGAAAGGUGAAAGUAAGGAGCUGCUUCUUUGUGAUGCCUGACUUGGACCACCCUAUUUUACUUGGGAGAUCGUUCCUGAGCAGGACCGAGACGGUCAUCCUCAAUAAACAUGACGAAACUAUGUUCCUCGUCUUGUGCGACCCCGUAUGUGGGAAUUACGAGGCCAUCACCUGCAAGAACACAGGACCCAAGAGUGUAAGGAACCGGCCUAACCCCGGUUCGUUCACAAUCGAAGAAUCAGAAGAAGAAAGGUUAAGGAUUGAAAACAGCAGGCUUGAGGAGGUAAAGGAGCCAGAGGCACUGACUCUAAGCUUGGCGAACAUAGGCGACGCUAUGGACAUAGUAUCGACCUAUGGGAUGGCGGAGCAUGAGGCUGUGGAGGCCUUGAGAGAGAAGGUAGUGGAGCAAAUGGGUGCAGGAGAGAUGGAAUUGGUAUAUCUAACACCUGGGCCGACUGCAUUAGGAGGAGUGUUGAUCCAGCGAGACCCCAACGGAGAAGAGCAGCCAUUAAGAUUCGAGAGUCGGACGCUUAAUACGUCUGAGAGAAACUACUCUGAGUUCAAGCGCGAAACCUUGGCAGUUCUUCACUGUUUGAGGAUCUUCAGAAACUACCUCUUCGGCAACAGGUUCGUACUAAGGGUGGACGCUACGGCAUUGGCUGGUUCCCUCAAAAACUUUGCUCCUUCAGAUCCAACUAUCGCCAGGUGGCUGACCUACAUCUGGAUGUUCGACUUCGAGUUGGAGCGAAUUCCAGGGAACAAGAACAGGGCGGACGGGCUGAGUCCAGUCGACUGGGACAAAAACCAUCAGGGGGUGAUCAAGGAUACUCCACCAGUCGACGGAUUUUUAGAUAGCGAGGAGGAUGUGAGACUUCACAUCAACUCCUGGGCAUUGGCCGUGGGUAAGUACGUUACUCCUGGGCGACCUAUAUGGCUUGCGCCUCCGGGACAUGUACGAUGGCCAGACUUGGUUCUCAAACCCUAUAUUGAAGAAGAUUCUUGGGGAAUGUCGGGCGUAGGUUGGAUGAUGGAGCUGACCUUAGCAAGCAAGUACGAGUUGCAGGAAGACCCGCUUACAAUUGAAAAUGAGGCGCUACAGGUGGGUAAGCACGAGAAGAUGAUAGGUGGGGUGUACCUGUUGGCAAAUGCGCUGCUUCAGGAAGAGACGGUCAAAAAUACGGUACUAGACCAGGAAGAGGAGAUAAAGCCGGGAGGAGGUGACAACGUGAUCCACGAGAGAGAAGAUGAUGACUUCGAAGAGGGGGAGAUCCAGGAAGCGUUUCGAGCAGAGGAGGAUGAGGAGGUAUACCUUGAACUCGGCAUGCUUCUUUCGUGCGAGAUGAGGGAAAAGGAUGUCUGCGCGCGAGUUCUGAAGAUGAGGCCUAGUUUCCUGGUGAGGGAUGGACAUCUGUUCAUGAGGAGCAAAGGAAGGGACCCCAGGAGAGUAGUAUGUGGCGUCGCUCGCCAGAUCGACAUUAUGGCGGCACUGCACGACGGUAUGGCAGGUGGCCACAGAGGUGCGGAUACGACAUACCUGAAGAUCCACGAGUUGUACUAUUGGGAUGGCAUGGGGCAGAUGAUUGAUGACUAUUGUAAGUUUUGUGUGUCAUGCCAGGAACGGUCUGCUCUCAGACGCAGGGAGUCGCUGCACCCAAGGUACGUUCGUGAGGUUGGAGCAGUCGUGCACUUGGAUCUAUUGGCAAUGCCGUUGGGGAUAGGGAGCUACAAUUUCAUCUUUGAUGCACGGAACAACCUCUCGGGGUUUGUGGAUGGCAGGGUCAUUCGCACGAAGACUGGAGAGACAUUGGCCCGAUGCAUCGAAGAGUACUAUCUUCGCUACCCCUUUGUGUCCAGAUUCGUGAUGGAUAGAGGGUCCGAGUUCACAUGUGCAGAAGUGAAGGCUCUUUUGAAGAAGUAUGGGGUAAUCGCUGAGUACACUACUGCAACGCACCCUCAAGCCAACGCACCUGUGGAGAGGGGGCAUAGCACCAUCACAAAUCUUCUUGCCAAGUGGACCGAUGGCAGACCCAACCAAUGGCCAAACUUUCUAAGGGUCGCAUUUUUCGUGGAUAACAUCACUAUCAGGAGGAGCACUGGCUAUGCACCGGCUACGCUAUGGUACGGCAGACAUGCGACAUUUCCCAUUGAAAGCUUCCUAAAAACUUGGAGGCGACAGGACCUUGAGACUGAUCUGACCUUUGAGGAACUGCUGGAUUUGAGGGCACGACAGAUCGGCGUUAUUGAGGACAGGAUUGAGGAGGCAGCAAGUAGAACCGCGGACAGCCGUACCAAGGACAAGUUCCGGUGGGACAAGAUGGCGAGGGUAAGAAAGGAGCCUCUCAAGGUGGGAGAUGUUGUGCUGUUGUACGACUCGUCCCUGGAAAAGCAGUGGUCGCGGAAGUUGGAUAAGAGGUGGUUGGGGCCUUACAGGGUCACCAGAUGUGGUGAACAUGGUGCCUACCAAAUCGAAGAGCUGAAUGGGACGGCAUGGAAGGACUGGGUGUCCGGCUCGAGGCUAAAGAAGUUCGUGGCUCGAGGCGAGCAAGGAAAGGCGCCUGAGGAGGUGGAGGGCAGAAAAGGAAAGGGUACCUGCACUCAGGAGGAGGACCCUCCUCUGUUCUCAGAGGUCUGGAUGGGCUUCGAUAAGCUGAUGGACACCACAGGAAGAUCAGGUGGACAACAUCAGGAGACGGGGGUUAAGUUGGUCUCUACAGACCUGCUCAACCUAAGGAGCGUGACGAGAGAAGGCUUCGCUGCAGCAAGGACCUCAGAUCAGAAGAUUGGGGACAGGCUGACAAAGGUGGCACAAAAGGCUUAUGGCCAGAGGGUGAACUGGGAGAGAGAGGCUGAGGGCCUGAAGAGGGAGCUGGGAAGACAGGGUAAAGAGUUGGCAGCAGUAAAAGCGGACAUAAAGAGAGUCUCAGCAGAGAAUGAAGCCGCCAGACAAGUCAACCAGACCCUUAACAAGAUCACUGACGCGCUGAGGGUCUAUAUGUGUACACAACUGACCUUCUUCCAGGUUAAGGAGACUGAGUGGGAGAAAAUAAUUCGAAACCUCGAAGCCAAGUAUACCCAGCAAGCUCCCACAAGAGUGCUGGAUUGGGCAGAGGUCCAGAAGUUUGAGAUCAGGGAACAGCCUGCAGAGGAAGUCUUCAAGAGGGAGAAGGAAGUAGAGAUGGUGGACCAGCAGGAGGGUGAGGAGAUCCCUCUGAUCGACAAAGAGAUGUUGGAGCAGCCAGGAGUGUUUGUGAAAAAGGGUGCCGAGGUCGGAGAGUUUGAGUGGAGGUUACCUGCUGGCCUGACACUGGGACACGAGCCGGCAGUACCACAGGAGGGACCACCAGUUGAGGCAAUGAGAGCUGGGGAGGUUCCACCUACUAUUCGGAAAGAGACUGUGAGACAGCAGGAGGGUCAGGAGAGUGUGGGCCAAAUCAUGGCUGAGACUGAGUAGAAAGUGGACCUGAGGGACUGUCAGGAGUCAACCAUCCUUCAGGAGGUGCCACUUGUUACAGAUUUGCGGGAUGUACUGGGAUCUUGGGCCACUGGGUCAGGGCCAGAGGGGCGUGUUGGGAAGUUGGGGAUGCCAGCAGAUGACAGAGCAGCCUGCCCCGCUUCCUCAAGGGUCCCACAGCAGGAGGUUACGAGCAAGAUCUCAACAACCCCGUCAUCUGUACCCUCGCUGGAAGGAGACGAGAUGUCCCAGAAGAAACUUGGCAAGUGCUUUUAUUGCAAGAGAUGCAAACAUCGGUCUGAGGACUGCCCCAAGAGCCUC